AUGAAACCACAAUUAAUUGAAUCACGUGGCUUUCAACCGGAAACCCAUACAAUAACUACAGCCGAUGGCUAUAUAUUACGAGUGUUUCGUAUAGUCAACCGACAGCUCCGGAAUAGUGGCCGUCGGUUAAGGCCCAGACCUCUAGUCCUAUGGCAUGGGGUGGCCGUCACAUCUGACUCGUGGUUAUUUUCAACUUUAGGUGCGAUAGACAAUCGCGGCUUAUAUCGGGAAAACAACGGUAUUCUGAAUGAUUGUGACCGUAAUGUUACGUCUACCUUAGCGUUUACGUUGUCUGCCUGUGGUUAUGAUGUAUGGUUACCCAACACACGCGGCACUCACUAUAGCCAGGAUCAUAUUACCCUUAAUUCUAAUCGAGAUUCUAGAUACUGGCAGUUUACACUGACCGAAAUGGCCGUGUAUGAUAUACCUGCUGUGGUACGUUAUAUACUACAAAUAACAAAUUCUGAUUCUGUCUCAUACAUUGGCCAUUCGUUAGGCACAGCCCAGAUGUUUGCGUUACUAUCGUUAGUGCCUGACUUUGAACAAUUUAUCAAACCAUUUAUAGCAUUGGCCCCUAUUGCAUACCUGGGUCAUAUUGAAAGUAUAGGCAGGUUAGGUGUGCCGUUGGAGCCAAUAUUACGGGCAUUCCCAGGACCAUUAGGAAUACCUGUACCAAUUGCACAGAUAAUUGGUAUAUUUGUCUGCGGCAACGAAUUGCUGGUGAAUUUAUGCGCUGAUAUAUUUUACGCUAUUAAUGGUUACGAUGCGCAAAAUUUCAACAAGAUAUAUGCAUCGGCUUAUUCCAAAAAUCUAGUUUCAAUAGUACCAAUAGACGCGGCUCAUUCGGGAGCAUCAGUGUCCACGUGGGUGUACGCUCACCUUGCUCAAUUAGUGGUUAAUAAAUGUUUUAGACGGUUUGAUUAUGGUAUUACACAAAAUCAGCGCCACUAUGGCCAGGCCACACCACCUAGUUAUCCACUGUGCAAUAUAACAUCACGUAAUAUAGCACUGUUUAGAGGUCUUAAUGACCUGUUGGCCGAUAACAUGGAUGUCAGUUUACUUGUUCAACAAUUAUCUGUACCACUGCUCGAUAAUUAUAUAGUGCCCGAUCCCAAGUGGAAUCAUCAAGAUUUUCAACUCGGCACCUACCAGGGGGCCUAA